AUGACAACCAUGUGGCUUAAAUCAAAUCUAAUUAAUAUACUAGUUGAAUUAGUUAUCUAUUUAAUCAUCGAUAACAUAACGAAAUGUAUUGUUGCUCAAAAAAAAAAAGAAAAUCAUUUUGAUAUAUUGCUAUAUGAAUGUUUAUUUCUUGGUUUUUUAAUUGGUUUUAUAUCAUUCUAUUAUCAUGUUCCAUAUGUACUUGUAUGUUUUUUAUGCUUUCACACUCUUGGAACAAUAUAUUCGGCAAAAGGCUUCACUAAAAUUAUAGCGACAAUUAAAAUAAUUUUUCAACUGUUGGGAAGAUUAAUAAAAUAUUUAUGUAUUAAAAUUGCCAAUUUGUUUUCUCGAAGUUCAUCUUUGAAAACAUUAGAACAAAAUAAAAUCCCCAAACAAUAUAAAUAUAAUUUUCAUCUUAAACCAACAAAUGAUAUGCGACUUCAACAGUCAUCAUUCACUCAAACAUUACCAAGACCAGGCAUUAUUAAUUUGUAUGGCACAACAUGUUCAUUAAACUCGCUAUUACAAAGUUUAGCAUCACUCAAUAAGUUUUAUUCAUCAUUACAACAUAAUAUAAAUUUAUCACGAUUUAAUUAUAAUCCAGUUGUGUCUGCAUUCCUUCAUCUUAUUUCUCAAUUACGAAAUGAUCAUCGAACAUCAGAGUACAAACACUGGAAUAAACUCAUUGAUACAUCAACGUUAGUCACGCAAUUAAAUUCAGUCUAUUCGAAUUUAUUAACACCAAAUUCAACAGCGGAUAUAUGUGAACUAUUUCAAUCUUGUAUCGAUAUACUUAAUGAUUCUUUAUCACAACAAUCAACUGUAUAUGCAACAAAUGUCAUUGAACAAGUACAAAAUUCGAAAUUAACAACAUUAUCAUUUGAAAAUCUAAAUAAAUUAUUUUUAGAAAUUGAAGAACAAAUUCAUGAAAAAAUAACAUUAGAUGAUCUCGAUUCUCAAACAUCAAAUAUAAUUCAGUAUGUUGAUAUUACAUGGCUAUUACAUCAUAUUCAAUUUGGUUCGACAAUAAAACACACUUUUUCUGGACAAUUACUGCAUGCACAUUGUUGUAAUAAUUGUUCACAUGUUCAUUUUCGUGCUGAACCAUUUCAAAUAUUAACACUAUCAAUCAAUCGAGCAAGUCAAACAUUAGAAGAAGUUAUUGCUACUUUAACAAAAAUUGAAAUCAUAGAAUCAAUAUCAUGCUCGUAUUGUACUAGUCAAUUGAAAAAUGAACAAGACAGAAUAAUAAAACAUGAUGCUAUUCUUAGUAAAAUAACGUCUACUGUAUCACCUAUUGUUACUUCCCGUCGUCAAAUUUCUGAUCACAUUCUAUCUUCAACACCCAUAUCAUCUUCUAUCACUAAUAUGAUUCCAUCAGCUAAAAUUCAUAUUCAUCAUAGAAUAAAAAGUCAAAUGAUGAUUUCCAAUUUCCCUGACGUUCUCUGCAUUCAAUUGAAACGUUUUUCAUACGAUCGUUUUUCAAAUAAAACAAUGAAAUUAACUACACCGAUUAUUAUCGAACCAGAAAAAAAUCUUGAUUUAUCACCAUUUCAUUAUACAGCAUGGCUUGGAUUAACGAAUCUAUCGAUUUCAUAUCAUUAUCGUUUAGUCGCAGCUUGUUUGCAUUUAUCAGAAAAUUCAUCACAAAAACUAAAUGGACAUUAUGUUUGCGUAUAUCGUACCGACAAUAAUCAAUGGUCUCUAAGUGAUGAUGAACGUAUUGUAGAAAUUAAUAAUAUCAAUCAUUUUUUUCAAACUCCAUAUGUUACUGAAAAUUGUUAUUUCUUAUUCUAUGAAAGAUGCUUAUGA